AUGUCCAGGGGUGUACUACUCCUGGAAGGCAAUAGACAUGCCGGUUUCUACUUCGUCCGGAGCCGGUCACAACUUGAAGCUAGGACGAUCAGAGAUCCUAUGUCUCCUAUAGCAAUGAUGAACUGUGGUCACAUGCAGUGGCAGCCAGAGAUCGGUGUACCAAGGUUGGAGACUAAUGACCGAAUGAAACAGUGGCAAAGCCAGGCCUCGGACUCCAUGAUCGAUGAUGCCCUGUGGUACCGAAGCCGAAGGAGGUGUUUGUGGAGAUUAGAUUUCUUUCAGACUGCUCGCACGUUUAGCUGCGAAGUCGACACUUUGACUUUGUCAAAAGAACAAAAGGCUCUUGCUGAGGAAUGCAUUAAGUUAAGGCUGCACUACCACUUCAAACUUGCCGACUUUGCUCUAAAGUCCAGCAAUGCAGCGGCUGUGGUUAGUGCAUCAAUAUUCCCAGAAUCGCGGUACUCUGGCUAUCAUGCCACAGCGCUCAUUACCGCCAACACUGGUUCAAAAGGGCAUUUCAUGCUCGAGGGUGUUGAAAAUUGCGCAGCUUACUUGAUUAUCGAAAACUACCCUAGUCUAGAAGACAAGGCCGAUUUCGAUACUUUCCAGUGCAAAUGGCAAUACCUGUUUGCAUAUGCGGGCGCUGGUUUUGCCAAAGGUUACCAUGGCAUGCUAACAUUCACCCGUCCGAAUGACUGCCCUGCCACCUGCGACUGA